AUGUCCGAACUGAGGUGCCCUCAGGAUAUAGUUGCUAUUUUCCACGCUUCGUUCCAUCCGACUCAAGGAAACGUUAUUGAUUGGAGCAUCAAGGCCAGUGAUGAUGUGUCGCUGGAUAGCCUCGAGUUCAGUGCGUUGCCUAGCGGUCUUCAUUUGGUAGAGCAGGAUGUCAUUUACUUCACCAAGGAUGAGCGGCAUGGUGUCUGUGUCUUUCGUCGGAGGAAAACGACCGAGCAGGGACAGCGAGGCUUCCGGCUGUCCUCUCUUGGAAUUCUGCUAGCCAAAUCUGUGCGUUCAAAACCGUGGCGACAUCUUUCAGCCCUGAAGGACCUUGUUGCGACUAUAUAUACCCGCUUGGAGAUUUCUGAGAUCCUUGAGCCCACUGACGAGGACUGGGAACCAGCCCGGGUCUUUUUUGAGGAACGCAAGGUCAGGCAAGACGACCUCGGGGGCGCUGGGCAAUGGAACGGAUGGAGCUACGAGUUUGACGGGGACGAGCAUGAAGGGCCUGUCGGUAACCCCACUCUCCAUCUACCCCAUCUCCUAAGGAUACUAGGGCCGUCGUCGCUGACCCUAUACAAACACGUCAUAGGCAGAAAGCGCAUCCUUAUUUUCACGCUUCCCCCGGUUCAGGCCGCCUGCAUCCUUUGUCACGUUGCCGCAGACAUGUGUUAUGAGUAUCAGGAAGCUAGUAGCUCCACCAGUACCGCAGGGCGUCUGCCAGGCAAAUGCAAGGAGGGCAUUAAUGUGUUGGGAAUGGUAACUCUAAGUGAUCUAGCCAGGAUGCAGAAGGAAGGUGCUUCCGGUCGCGGAUGGAUUGCAUGCACUACGGACGCAAUAUUCCUUGAAAAGCCUUCUCAUUACGACCUCCUUAUUGACUUGACUGCAUCUACCCCAAACAAAGCGACUCGUCCAGCGUUCUUUUCGUCGCAGCCGAUUCUGCCUUCGGGAAUCUCUUCUCGUGGUCCUACACAUCGACUAUCAUCGGUCAGAUUCGCAUGGAGUGACAUCAAGCUUUGGAAUGAGCUUGACCGGAUACUUCAACUUGAUUCGUCGCAGUGUGCCGACACAUCGUGCUGUUCGCCAUCAUUCUCUGCUUCUUCUCCUGAUCCGAAAUCGAAGUUCAUUACUGCGUGGACGGAUGUGUGGCGAGUUUACGAAGAUGUCUGUAUCAUCUGCGCUGGACUAUGGAUAGGAUCAUGGAGAGGGAGCUCGCCUUCAUCAUAUUCCACCGCAAACGGGCCUGCAAACUGGGGAAGCGUACGGUUAGAGGGAGACGAUGACCUUACUCUCACUGCAAUCAAUGGGUCUGAUCACGUCCGAAGUUUAGGCCUGGGAAUCGAGGGCCGCCCCUCUGGGUCCAGCAAUAAUAAGCCGAUGCGGAGAUCAAGUGGUAUGUCAUGGUCUAGUGGAAGGGCUUCUGGUUCUGGUUCCACGUCAGAGCAACAACAACCUGGGAGUAUCGAUGAUGCAGUACGUACAGAUGGACAACUGUUAACGACCCUGGCGCUGCUCCAGACCUUCCAUGCCCACACUUCGUUCCAGGUAUCCACGCUGGAGACAUUUCUCCCGCCACUUCCGGAUCGCCCGAAAAGUAUUGUACAGCUUACGCCAAAAGAUGUAUUACUCUUUGAGCUGGGUCCACUCAGUGGUGUUGAUGCCAAAUAUCUCGAGUGGUUGGGGGAAGAAUACGGUGGGGGUGCACAGAUUGUUGUUAGGCGAGGUUGGAAAGAUGUCUUCGGGAUAAUCUUUGGUUACGGUUAG